ACGAGGACAUCCCCAUUUACCAGCUGUUCAGCACCUCCUAGGAAUAUUCAGCCUGUAGAUUAGCCUCGCUUCUUCUGACUACAGUUACCUCGAGCUCACGCAAACACAGGUGUCUCUCACUUUCAUUCCUGUGCAUUGCUAACUCCAGAGAUAUUGCACCAUCCAGCUGUUUAUGCUCGAGGUGAAUCCUUAAAGUGCCUGGCCCAACUGGUUUUACUUGCAACUCUUCUUUUGGGGCUCACAGUUGUGCCUUCGCAGUGCGUGUUUUUCUGUUCUCUGGGAAGUGGGUGCAUUUGGUUUUACAUCCCCAAAGGCCAAGGUUAAUGCCAGGCCUGCAGCAGAAAUGAAAAGUCACAUGCCGCAGCUUAAUCUGUCUCCGUAGAAAAGGAGGACAAAGGUCCCGCCACAGCUUUUACUGUGCAGCAAAGCUUACCAGUGGCAACCUUCACACAAAGGAACUCGGCGAGGAGCAGGCUGGUGUGUCUGGAGAGGCGGCGAGAGCCCACGGGCCCGGGAGGAGGGGCCCAGUUGCUGGCAGCAGCCCUCAAGGUGCCCAGCGAGAGGCAGGUUGGGAAUUCUGCCCACCCGGAGCUCUAUUUCCCCACCCAGCACAGGAGCAAUUGGAAAGGCAGACUCAGGAAGCUCUGCAGCCGGAGAGCUCAGGAGGGGAGACCGGAGGCAGAGUCUCAACGGGACAGGGAACCAUUUCUCCACACCCCAGCAGCACAGAGACCCUCGACCAUGCCUUAAAGGGAGACAGAUGCCUCUGGGGGAGCCACAGGAGCAGAUCUUGGGGAUGGUGAAGGCUGCAGGAGACAUCAUGGCUAGGAUGCAGAAGGAAGAGAGUCUGGAGGUACCAAAGGGCACUAAGCCACAUGUGUUGCCAGAGGCCUCCCAGUCUCAAGCAGAGGCACUUAUUGACAGCCGGGCGCCCAACCCCAAAGUCCAGGCAUUAUCAUUAUCCUCAGCAGCAGCAGCAGUGGGGAACGUGAAUCUCCGCCAGUCACAGAAGAGGGACCUGAUCAGGAGCAUGGGCAGGGUUAGUAGAGGUUCAGGUAACUGGGAUGUGAGCUCUGACACAGCCAGGCUCUCCAUAGGCCGGGGCAGCGCACGGCGGAGAGGUCUGAAGGAGGUUCUGCUGCAGAGCAGUGGAGGCGAGGGAGCUAUGUGGCUUGCAACUGCUCAGAAGAUAGCCAGCAGCAGCAGCCCUGCUGUGGGGACGCAACAAGAGCUGGAGCAGAGGUUGGAACAGAGCCCUGAGGACUUGUCCUUAGCCCUAGACCCCCUCGAGCAUGAGUGGAUGCUGACUGUGGCCCAGGGGGACCCUGAGAGCAUUGUGAGGUUGGUAGACAUGGAUCCCACCCUGCUGAACAGGAGAGAUUUUGUGACAGGGUUCACUGCCCUCCACUGGCUGGCCAAGCAUGGCUGCCAUGAGGCCCUGAUCGAGGUGAUCACCUGUGCAGAGAAGAAGGGCUACCGUGCAGAUGUCAACAUCCCCACAGCCAGCGGUGGGCUGACACCCCUGCAUCUGGCUGCCCUGCAGGGACACGAGAUGGUCAUCAAGGUGUUGGUGGGAGCCUACGGUGCCAACACAAGCCUGCGGGACCACAGCGGCCACAAAGCCUGGCAGUACCUGAGAACAGAUGCCUCCAGGGAGAUGAAGGAGCUGUCAGGGGCUUUAGAGGAAGAACUGGCCCAGCUUGGUGUGUGGAACACCAACAACAACUGCAUGUCGUCCAGAGAGGCUGGUGGCUCUGGUGCUGAACGGAGGACCCAGGUGUUCACCAGACUGCCAUCCUUCAGGAGCAUGUUCAGACAGGCACUUUCAUUCUUCCAAGACCUUUAAUUGUCCUUUGUGGCUAAGAAUCAGUUUGAUGUUGCCUGUGAACUAGUUUUAAAGAACAGCUUGGCUGGGGCUGGGGAGCAGGGAAGGAGAGCAGGGGGCUGCAGUGGGGUGGCAAAGGGUUGGUACAGGAGACUUGAUGAAUCGGGACUAACCAAUGGCAGCUGGUGCACUGAGAUUACUCAAGAGCCAUUGGCUAGGGCGUCUGCAAACCUGCACAGGCUUGGAUCCUGCUCGUAGCUAUUUGUGCACCAUUCCCCUGGCAGGCCACUGUUUAGCAAUUGUGCACACGUAGCUGGGGGCAGGAUUUGCCCUGCAGUAACUAUUCUGCUUGUCCAAUAGAAGCCUCUUCCCGUAACAUUUCUCCUGCUGCCGAACCUCUCCAGCAUGAAUGGAGACCCAGAAGUGCAGCUUGCCAAUCCCAGCCCUCCCGCAAGUGCCCCGCACAGGCCCCUUUACUCAGGGUUUGCACAGUUGGCCAGGGCAUGGUGCUAUAAGCAGAGCAGCAGGAUGUGCAGGUGCCACUGCUUUGUUUACAUUGUUUCCCCGCCUGCUCCAGCGCAGUUCCUGAGAACAGCAGGAUGGAAAGAGGUGCGGGUUUACCUUUAGUUCUUCUGCUGUUGCUGCUUACAGUGUCUCUCUGCCCAAAGGCACAGGUCAUAGGAUGGAGUGGCAGAGGAAGUGCAGUCUUGUGGUUAAAGCACAGGACUGAAUGAAGAACUUGGCGUCUAUUUCUGGCUAUGCAAAAGGCUUUUCACGUGACUUUGGUCAGGGCACCACUCUGUGCCUCUGUUUCCUCUUUUCCAAAUGAGGAUAAUGCCCUGUCCCUACUUCACAGUGAGGGUGUAAGAUUAGCGUGAUUGUUGUCUGCAGGGUGCUCGGAGGGCCUUGGACAGACAGCUAGCAGUGUGUGAUUACACAUUCCACGGUGACUCACUGAGAUGUCACAGAGGAUUUGGAUUUCAGGUGGGGAAUAAGCAGCCGCUGAAACUCCAAAAACAAAAAUCGUCUUUUCAUGACAUGUCUCUGCUAAGGAAGAACAUGGAGGAAAAAUACAGAAAACAGGUAAUGCCACUAAACUACUUGUGCCUUCAAAAUGCCCUGAGAAGUAUCAUGCACAUUUCUUUUCCUAGAAGCUAUUUGCUGGGUCAAAUCAAAGCUUAACUCCCCAAUUUGACUCCGGUGGUGGAGCACAGAGAAAAUGGUGGAGUGCGGAGGUACAGCUUAAGUAGCUGUGGCACUCCCAAAGGAUGGACAGAACGUGGAGAAAGGACGGAAGCUAGAAACACUCUUCUCUACACCGGGGUUUGAAGAUUUUAAACUAAUAAACGGAGCUCUGGGUGGGAGGGAAAGGGGGCCAGAUUAGGCGGAAGUUAGUGUAGGUGGGUUCCAUGCAGAGGAAAGGAACUUAGAUCAGAUUCCUAAAGGAAGGAGGAGCGGGUGACACAUUGUUCUGAGAAAUGGAAAGAGUACAUAGAUAAGAACAACAAACAAACAAAGGUACAGAGGGCACAAGGUGAAGUGACACUCCAGAGAGACAAAGAAGGGUGCGGUUCCUAAUCCCCCUUUCUAAUGUAUCACUGCUCAGAUUUGUAAGUAUUAAAAAGGUAAAUCCUAUUCUACUCA